AUGGCAUCCAAAUACACCUACUCUUUCUUCCGGGUCUCGAAGACAAAUGAAGUCGAGAGCUCCGCUCAAAAAUAUCGAGACCUACGCUUAAAAGCAUUGAAGACGUCACCCGAUUCAUUCUCAUCUACUUAUGAGAUCGAAUCAGCUUUCACCGAUGCCGAAUGGAUAGAUCGUCUCACACUUCCCGAUCGAGAGCUCUUCAUUUGUGCCGCAACACCAGUUACCGAUGAUCCGUCAUCCCCUGGCAGUAUUGAAUGGAUCGGCCAGGUCACUCUGCGAGGACCUUCAUUUAAGGCUGAUUUCGAGUUACCCGUGGAAGCGGGCCAGCCACCCCAGAGAUCUGAUGAAGAGGAAGAGCGAUGGCAGAUGCUAAGUUUGUUUACGCUUUCGGAGUAUCGUGGCUAUGGACUUGGAAGCAAACUCUGCCAGGAAGCUAUCAAUUAUCUUCGAUCAUAUCGGUCAUUUCCUCGUCAAGUUCAAGUGCGGCUCAUCGUCAAGGCGGGAAAUGAUGUCACGGUGGAAUUGUACCGGCGUCUUGGGUUUAUUCACGCUGGAAAGUCGACGCUUGUUGAAGCUCUCAUUGCCAAUGGAGAUGAGCAUCUUGUUCCGAAAGAUCUGACCUCGGCGAAGUACUCAGAUAGAAAAGGGCUCAUUAUGAUAUCUCGUAUAUCGCGCUCGUGA